GGGAGCAACACCCUUUCUGAAACAUGCGGCUGUUUCUACGCCGGCGUAUGUCUCCUCUUAAACUGGCGCUCCUUGGAGGGACGCUGUUCAUGGUGGUCCUAGUGGUUCUCCAGAGGGAUGUUGGCUCUUCACCUGCUGGGGAUCCCUGGUUUCAGGAGCUGGUGGACAAGAAGGACAAGGUGAUAGUCAUGGUCCGAAAGGCUGUCAACAACAUUGGCUUCCAAAUCGGAGCUCCGCAGCCACCACCAGUACAGGAGCAGCCCACCCAGGACGUCAACUGCCCAACUGGCUUCUAUACACAGGCUGAACUCAAGCCUCACCUGGAGAGACCAACGCAGAACCCCAGAAGCCCCGGGGCUGAUGGGAUGGCAUUUAAAAAAAACCAUAUGACCCCUGAGGAGGAGAAGGAGAAGGAGGAGGGCAUGACACGUCACUGUUUCAACCAGUUUGCCAGUGACCGUAUCUCACUCAGCCGUAGUCUUGGGGAUGACACAAGGCCUCCAGAGUGUGUGGAGAGGAAAUUUCGUCGCUGUCCACCUCUGCCCACCACCAGUGUUAUUAUAGUCUUCCACAAUGAGGCUUGGUCCACCCUCCUCAGGACGGUCUAUAGUGUUCUCCACUCAUCUCCUGCUGUCCUGCUCAAAGAGAUCAUCUUGGUAGAUGACGCCAGCACUGCAGAGCACCUGAAGAUCCAACUGGAGGACUAUGUGCGUCAGCUGAAGAUCGUCCGAGUAGUGAGGCAGCUGGAAAGGAAGGGCCUCAUCACAGCCAGGCUGCUGGGUGCCAGCCUGGCUCAGGGAGAAAUUCUCACCUUUCUCGACGCACACUGUGAGUGUUUCCAUGGUUGGCUAGAGCCCCUGUUGGCACGCAUUGUUGAAGAACCCACUGCUGUGGUUAGUCCAGAGAUCAGCACCAUUGACCUCAACACUUUUCAGUUCAACAAGCCUGUGUCCACCAACCGCGCUUUCAACAGAGGCAACUUUGACUGGAGCUUGACUUUCGGUUGGGAGGCGAUCCCCGAGGAUGCAAAGAAGCUGCGCAAGGAUGAAACCUACCCUGUAAAAACACCCACUUUUGCCGGAGGCCUGUUCUCAAUCUCAAAGAAGUACUUUGAACACAUCGGAACGUAUGAUGACAAGAUGGAGAUCUGGGGCGGUGAAAAUGUGGAAAUGUCAUUCAGGGUGUGGCAGUGUGGAGGGCAGCUAGAAAUCAUCCCUUGUUCUGUGGUGGGCCAUGUCUUCCGCACCAAGAGUCCCCAUACCUUCCCCAAAGGCACAGAGGUCAUCACUCGCAACCAGGUGCGCCUGGCUGAGGUCUGGAUGGAUGACUACAAGAAGAUCUACUAUCGCCGCAACAAGAAUGCUGCAGUUAUGGCCAGUGAGCAUAAGUAUGGGGACAUCUCUGAUCGUUUGAAACUAAGAGAUAGGCUGCAGUGCAAGAACUUCACCUGGUACCUAAACACAGUUUACCCAGAGGCCUUUGUUCCAGACUUAAUGCCAGAUAAAUUUGGAGCUAUAGAAACUCAGGAUCUCAACUGUCUGGAUGUUGGUAGUAGAGCAACCUAUGGAAAGCAACGAGUCCGGUGA